AUGAGUCUCAGGACACUGGAGAUGCUGCUGGUUUUGGGGACGGCCCUGCUGGCGUUGGGGGCGGAGAGCCCGGAGGCCGGUGGGUACUCACUGCAGGCGCUGCACUGCCCUCCCUGCGAGCGCGUCCACUGCACCCCCCGCCGCGCCCUCCAGCUGCAGUGCAAGGGCGGCCUGACCACGGGCAUCUGCGGCUGCUGCCCCGCCUGCGCCCGCACCGCCGGGCAGAGCUGCGGGGGCACCUGGAACUACCUGGGCAAGUGCGACGAGGGGCUGGUGUGCGUCUACCAGGACCCGGCGGACGGCACACCUGAAUCAGAUAGACAUGGAGUCUGCAAAGAAGUGCUGAAUCCCUUGGAGGCAGAAAGUUGUCAGCCAGCAUGCACCUGGGAAUUCUGCCGAGAUCACCCCUCUGCGGUUUGCUCUGCCAGGUCUGUGGCCCUGGAGAAGCAGGAGUGUCACGGCUCCUGCCAGCACACCUCUUGCUCCGGCUGCCUGGUGCUGAAGCCCCCCGCCUGCACGGAGCCCUGCGGGCAAGCCGACGCCCCCUGCCUGCAGCGCUUCGGCCGGUGCGUGCACAGCCACAUGGCGGAGACGCACCACUCCGCGUGCCACCAGAACCUGCACAGUAAUGCAGAGGGGUACUUCCUAUGCCUGAUGCCUGUCUGUACAACAUUGGUGAGCUGAAGAAUUCUUUGCCCUCAGAAGGUCCACAGAGUGAAUCUUCACUGAAAUGUAGCAACACUGGCAGCUAUUUUGAGAUACUAAUUUGUAUCAAUGUUUUUAAAAAUUCCUUUGUCAUUUAAUACUUUUAAAGUGUAUGUAUGUAGCAUAUGGUUUGCAGAAAUAAAAGA